CAAAGAAACAAAACUGCUUAUCAAAGAUGCUUUGCACAUAUAUAGAUCUAUUUACCGUGCAGUUUUUUUUUUGUUUGACAAGUACCAUGCAGAUUGGAUGGCGUGGGAAUACAUGGUCGCAUGGCUCGAGGCCCAUGAGCAUGGCCCAUGGCCCGUUGUUUUGGUUUGGCCCAGUCAUGACACAGGCCUAUAUAACCAUGGUGCCUUAUGCCAGCCUGGCUUGAUGAGAUGGCUAUGCCUAGUCCGCUUUCUUAGCCGGAUCUUAGCCUGACGUACUGGCACAACAAGACUCGAUUAGCAUACUCGUGGUGGGUCAGCACCGCCCGGCAACGAAGGGCUAAGCCGCUAAGCGGGCCGUGCCUUCAACGGCCCCGGACCGUAUCGGCCGAGCGGGCCGUCCAUUUAGCUAUCUCAUGGGCUCGACUGGUGGUGUGCUUCUCGGCCCGUCCUAGUUACACAUCCCGGCUGAAGAGUGAAGACUGUGAAAAGUCCACUCUCAAGUCUCUGCCGCUACUCGACCGCCAGUCGAUAAGGGGGAGAAUUCACCUCGGCGGCUCGUCCUCGACGCCGAUGGCGGAGCCCAGUCCUAACCCGACCGUGGUGCUGCACGCCUGCCUCGGCGUGGGCCACCUGAUCCCCAUGGUGGAGCUCGCCAAGCAGCUCCUCCGCCGCGGCCUCGCUGUCAUCAUCGCCGUGCCCACCCCACCAGCCUCCACCGCCGACUUCUUCGCCUCCUCCGCAUCCGCCGUCGCCGCGCUUGCGGCCGCCAACCCUGCCGUCUCCUUCCACCACCUCCCGCCCCCAGACUACCCUGUCCCGGACUCAGACCCCUUCCUCCAGAUGCUCGACGCGCUCCGCCUCACAGUCCCGUCCCUCACCGCCUUCCUCCGCUCCCUUCCCUCCGUCGCCGGGCUCGUGCUCGACCUCUUCUGCGGCGACGCGCUCGACGCGGCCGCAGCCACCGGCAUCCCGGCCUACUUCUACUACACCUCCUGCGCUGGCGACCUCGCCGCGUUCCUCUACCUUCCCCACUACUUCGCCACGACGGAGGGCGGCCCCAGCUUCAAAGACAUGGGCAAGGCGCUCCUCCACUUCCCCGGCAUCCCGCCGAUCCCGGCUUCGGACAUGCCUCACACUGUCGUCGACCGCACGAGUCGGACCUGCGCCUCGCGGAUCGUGCACUACGGCCGCGUCCCAGAGGCGCGGGGCGUGCUGAUCAACACCUACGAGUGGCUGGAGGCGCGGGCCGUCAGGGCACUCAGGGACGGCGUCUGCGUCCCCGGCCGCCCCACGCCGCCGGUGUACCCCAUCGGCCCGCUCAUCGUCAAGGGCGAGGAGGCGGCGGAGGAAGUGGAGCGGCACGCGUGCCUGUCGUGGCUGGACGCACAGCCGGAGCGGAGCGUGGUGUUCCUCUGCUUCGGCAGCCUGGGCGCCGUCUCCGCGGCGCAGAUUAAGGAGAUCGCUCGCGGGCUGGAGAGUUCCGGGCAUCGGUUCCUGUGGGUCGUGCGGAGCCCGCCGGAGGACCCGGCCAAGUUCUUCCUCGCGCGUCCCGAGCCGGACCUGGACUCGCUGCUCCCGGAGGGGUUCCUGGAGCGGACGAGCGGCAGGGGGAUGGUGGUGAAGAUGUGGGCGCCGCAGGUGGAGGUGCUGCGGCACGCGGCGACGGGCGCGUUCAUGACCCACUGCGGGUGGAACUCGGUGCUGGAGGCGGCGUCCGCCGGCGUCCCCAUGCUGUGCUGGCCGAUGUACGCAGAGCAGAGGCUGAACAAGGUGUUUGUAGUGGACGAGAUCAAGGCCGGGGUGGUGAUGGACGGCUACGACGAGGAGCUGGUGAGGGCGGAGGAGGUGGAGAAGAAGGUGAGGCUGGUGAUGGAGUCUGAGGAAGGGGAGAAGCUCAGGGGGAGGCUGGCAAUGGCGAAGGAGAAGGCGGCAGAGGCGCUGGCUGAUGGCGGGCCGUCGUGGGUGGCGUUUGAAGAGUUCUUGAAGGAUUUGAAGCUCGCCAAAUGAUCAUGCACAGAAGUGAGCAUCAUGGUUGAUCCUGUUAUCUGAUAGUAUGUUCUAAUGUUAGCUUGGACUAUGAAUCUAUGAUCUCUGUGAGCUCUUUCCGGGAUUGUUCCGUUAAUCUCUCCCAAAGAGGUUUGAGGGAGCGAGGGGAUUUUCUUACUUGCAGGGACAAUCCUCUUCAGUUUCUUUCUAAUUCUAAUCUCACAUUCUCACCAAACUGAACAAGGCCUCGAUGAGAUAGCGGAGCAUGACUUGUGAGAGUAUGACAAAUAAUAUACGUAUUGCUGAGAAAUGCAUGUUGUAGCUUCCAAUCGGCGGCUAAAUGAGAGCCUGCGAGCUUUCCUCCAACAGCAUAUAAUAGUUGAUCUUUCUUGGAUUGCUUUGAUUUGGA